GGAACAUCGCUUGCAGAGGGCACGGUGGUGUGUCGAGAGGUGGUGCACAGCAUCACCCUAAGCACGGAAGAAGUUGCUGUGCAAGUAGUAAAGGUGCUGACUAACUAUGGGGUCAUUCACCCACACCAUAAAUACCCAAUUGAGGCCGGUGGGUUCACAGCAUGGCCGACUGGACAAUGCAAGCGCCAGCCAUGACUCUGACUCUCAGGAGGCCACGCAGUUAACACAGACAGAGAACUUUAUGCAGA